AUGCCAAGUUGGUUCUUAAAUAAAAGAGAUUGGGCUUCAAACUUAAAGAUUAAUCUUCUAAUCUUAGUUAUAAUUAGCUCAUAAAUAGAUUAAGGGAAUUCACUUGAAUAUGAAUCAGGCACUCUUACUUAAAUUCUUUAUCCAUCUACUCCACUACAUAUAUUAGCAGAUACACAUGCUGAGGAUUCUCAAAUAUCUUUAACUUAAACAUUGACUGGUUUUGUUAAUGAACCUUAAAUUAUUUACUCAGUGUAUAGAAUGAACUUUGAAAAUGCAGUAUCUGGAGGAUAUACUUUUUCAAUUACAUCAUAAUCACCAUCAUGUAAAUAAACUAAUUUAGUUUUAGCAUUUACGAUAACAGUUGUUGCUCCAACAGUAUAAAAAAUUUAUAAUGUUUGGAUUAAAUGGUUAGCCUUUGCAGAUAGAAAUAAAUAGGUUAUAACUGAAGAGAUUGUAACACCUUAAAAUGUAGAGACAUUCACAGAAACACAUUUUAAUAAGAAUUUUAUAGUGGCUGUACCAAUAAUAAAUUAUUUGUCUUAUACUAGUUCUUUUACUUUUAAAUUUGAUGUAUAAUAGAAUAGCUAUUUAGAUGCCUUCGGUUGAUACUACUUAUGUUUAAAUAGUGUUUACAAGCACAGGAGUAUCUUAAAUAGGAUUUCAAUUAUUAGUGGCAAUUAAAAGUCCAGUUUACUUAUUUGGUGAAUAAUAAUGGGCUCCAGCUUCUAGCACUUUAAAUUUAAGUCCAUUUUAAGUUUCAAGUGUAUCAAUACCUCCUCUGUAAUAAUCAGAUAACCUUAACUUUCCUAUAUUUUUAGGACUUACAUCUGAUUUAACAGAUUAGGUAAAUAUAGAAGAAAUUAGUUCAUCAAUUAAUCCAUAAUUAUCUUUUGAGAUAGGAUCUUGUAUAUUAUUAUAUUAAUAUUAGCAACAACAUGUUCUGUAACAAGUGGAUGGUUUAAUUAUAUGGUUAUAUCUCCUUAAUUUUAAAUUCCUCCACUUAUUUUAUAAACUUUCUCAUAAUAAGAAUUUUAUGUAAGUAGUGGUACAUAAUAAAUCAGUGUAGAACUUCCAUUAUUUAAAACUACAUAUACAAGUACUACUGAUUGGAUUGAAAUUGAUAAUACAUUUAUUGGAAUGUAAUUAGUAAUUACAACUGAAUGUUUAUUUAAAUACAAACAUGAUUAUUGGUUUUUAGGUUCAAUUGGUGAUAAUUAAAAAUAUAUAUAAGAUUACUUUUAUUGUUCUGAUGGUUUUAAUAGGAUGAAAUAUAUUAUAAAUUUCACUGAUGGUGACAGACUUGAAUUCAAAACAAUUAAAUUUGUAUUCACACCUAAUAGUGUUGAAAUGUAUUAAAAACUUGAUAAUAUUAAUUUUGAUGAAGAAUAUAGAACUUUAAAAAUAGUAAUUAGUCAAGUUAGAUGA